GACGUGAAGUUGUGAACCCAACCAAUCGCAUUCUCUCUUUCUCUCCACGUUCGAUCUCUUUCACACACUCUCUCUCUGUGUCUCUCGCCGGAGCUGUUUUCUCCGAUCGCAUGCUCGGUGUGAUAUGGCCGUGACGGAGGAGAAGCCGGCGUCCGAUGUGCGAGGUUGGGGUUUCUUCAAGAUGCCGUUCCGAAUCUCCGGCGGCAACAGCAGCAGCUCCUCCGCAGCCACGGCUCCGUUUCCGUCGGGAGCUUCGUCUUCUGCAGCUUUUCAUCCCCAUCUCCACAACCAUCACCACCAUCUCGGCUUCAACAGCUCUCACGGAGACGGAUCCGGUCAGAAUCAUCACCAUGCCAGUCCUUCAGUGUCGUCAGUCGCCAAGUCGUUUCUCCCCGCGAAGCGCCGGUUGAAGCUUGAUCCGACGACUAAGCUCUAUUUCCCUUAUGAGCCUGGGAAGCAAGUGAGGAGCGCCAUUAAGAUUAAAAAUACCAGCAAAUCACAUGUAGCUUUUAAGUUUCAAACAACUGCACCAAAGAGUUGCUUCAUGCGACCGCCUGGUGCUAUUCUUGCUCCCGGGGAGACUCUUAUUGCAACUGUGUUCAAAUUUGUUGAGCCUCCCGAGAAUAACGAGAAACCAAUGGAUCAAAGGAGCAGGGUUAAGUUCAAAAUCAUGAGCCUGAAGGUGAAAGGCCCGAUGGACUAUGUGCCUGAACUGUUUGACGAGCAAAAGGAUCACGUGUCUGUAGAGCAAAUAUUGCGGGUGGUUUUCUUGGACCCUGAGCAUCCCAGCCCUGCUCUGGACAAAUUGAAGCGACAGCUAGCUGAAGCAGAUGCUGCAGUUGAGGCACGGAAGAAACCUCCGGAAGAUACUGGUCCGAAGAUAAUCGGUGAAGGGCUUGUAAUUGAUGAAUGGAAAGAGCGGCGGGAAAGAUAUCUUGCACAGCAACAAGGGGAGGGAUUGGACACGGCAUGAACAGUUGUGUCUGGUAAUAUCAGAUCAUGCAAUCCAAAAGAUCAAUGUGGGUGAGUGAAACCCUCAACCCUCAACUCCUUUUGUAAAAAUGAAAAAAAAUUUGCAGAAAUUGGAACUGAAGAGUGAAGAGUGUGAUUUGGUGGUUCUGUUCUUGUUAUAUAUGUCAUUAGACCCAUGAAAGUGUAUGAAUAUUACUGAUGUUGUCUGAAUCCGUACCAUCAUAAUCAUAUUACAUGGGUUUGAUGGUCAAUUAUUGCCUUGACUACUGUUGCUUCC